AUGGCCUCAGGGCCCGUGCGCGACCUCCGUAUAAAUGGUAAUAUCAAUAUAAAGAACUUACUGUCGAAGAAAAAAGACGAACUAAGAUAUCUUCAAUUGAUGGCGACAAUUAGGUAACAAAAUAUUUGAUAAAUAAGGCACGGUAUUUGAAAAAAUGCACGAGGAGUAAUGUUGCAGAGGCCGUGUUGCAGUAGUGUUGUGGAAAAAUGCUUCCCGCAAGGCAUGCUUUUUCCUUACAUGUAUGAUGUAUUGUCGCAUCAUGGUAUUUUCGAUCCCCUCAAAAGGCUCUGUGUACUCAAGCAGGGCCUCUCAGGGCCCCCAGUUAAAGGGGGCCCCAAAAUUUGCAAAAGGGCGGCACAAAAGGUGUAAUUAAAAAAAUUUAUUUGGAACGUUUUUUAUAUAAAUAAUGGUGUGAAAAAAUUUUUAGACUUUAAUUUUACUGGUAUUGUCCGAAAAAAUGUGUUUUACCCGUGUUUUUGCAUUUGUGCGAAAAAAAUUUUUUGAACCUUGACGGCACUUGUCUUUGCCCGGAAAAAUAUUUUGAACCUUUAUUUUUGGUUAUGUCCGGAAAAAAUCUCCCCCCCCCUUCUUUCUCUGAGAGGCCCCCGUUUUUGGCGGUGUUCCCCCAGAAUUUCGCGCAGUCCCUUGCAACUGCUUAUCGAUAGCAAAAACUUGCUUAUAGUAAACGAAACUAGAGUUCAUUAUUCCAUAAUAAAUGUCCUGCAUGAAUUCAUUUGUGGGUUUAUUACUACAGUAAGAAACGUUGGUCAAAACGGAAACUUUCAUUCACAUAUGAUGUUCAUUAAGAAUUUGUUAAGUCAUUUGGAAACAAAGUUUUUAUCUUAAAAACUUUGUUUCCAAAUGACUUAACAAAUUCUUAAUGAACAUCCCAGCUUUAUUUUGCCGCAGAUCAGUGGACGAAAAUGUGCAAACAUCAUUUGCAGCAAUUGCAGAUUAUUUCCAAACUCUGGCAAAAUUUGAUCAAGACAUAGCGCAACAAGAUGUGGGAUACAUUGAUGGGAAACUGGCAGAAUUUCGAACAAAUACAACGUCUGUUCAAAGCAAAUUAAAAGGUGACGUUGACAAACUUAUGGGGAUAGUCCAAGCUGCCCUUGUAGUGAAUCUGAUAAGGGAGAUCACACGACUGGCAAUGGUGGUUGCUGAAAAUUCUAACCCUUUUAAGGUAUAUAAUAUCUGAUUUAACAAAUUUAUUUGGAUCAAUAAUACUGUACAUACAAUAUAUUAUCAAUACAGUUACAUACGAAUUAAUAACUUGAAGAUCCAAAAAGGCAAGGUACGAACGGGACACUUGAAAAAAAAACAUGCAAGGCACCUGCCAAGAAUUUAGAUUUUGUGUACUUAUAAAUGUUACACAUACUACUAUAUAUAUUAAAAAUUCUUAAAUGGAAGACAUGUAGAAAAACAAAUAAGACAGAUAUAGACAUACAAACAGGCAGCUAUGUCCUGUGGCAAGGACAGUCACGUGCCAAGGACCACGUACAGGACAAAUCAUCAUCAUAGACUGUCUGAAGAAGAUGAGAAUAGUUACGCUCAAGAAAGGUUGUAAAAGUAAUGGGACUGGAGAAAGUGUCUGAAUCAUCAUCUUUCGAUCUAUUUAUGGGAAACAUGACUGGCAGAUCUGUUAGCUACGGUCUCUGAACAACCAUUUUGCCAUUAACACCCUGAUUAAUUUUAUUUUAUUUAAGCUGAUGUUCGCCGGUGUUGAUGUCGAUGCGAUAUUUGAACGGACACGUGCUGUCGCUGAUGCAGCUGCAACGGUAGCAACUGGUGCCAAACUGAUUAAGGCAGUCAAAGAUCUUGCAACAGGUAUCUUAAAUACAGUAGAACGAGCUAACUCGAACUCCUCGCUAACACGAACUAAGUCCAAUUUCCCCUGGUCUCUGGAUUUGACGCAAUUUUUUUCAGUAAUUUACUCCUGUUAAUUGGGGAUGAUUUGAGUGUCAGUGUGCUUUUAAGUCUGUUUUCUGUAUGGUCGUAAGUUCGUAACGGUCGUAAAGAUUGAGUCACAAUUUUUCUCAACAGCUGAAAUACAACAGUUUAACACUGAUAAUAGGCAGGAAACCAGGGUACCUGCACGGGAAACCUGCGAUGUUUGGUUGAUUAAUGUGAAAGCACUCUUCUCACAUUUGACUCGAGCAAAAUAAUCAGACAACCGCAUAUUAUCAUCAGCCGUGCGUGUCAGGCUUAUUGAUCAACUUUACAUCCUUUUUACCAAAGAUUCUUUAAACCUGAUACGAAAAUUCCAAAAAAAUCGGCAACAACUAGACAGCCUCAUGAAACUCGUCAAUGCCAUCACGAAAGGCUUGCCAGAGAAAAUUAAAGAGCAUGCAGAUAAAUUUGUCGAACAAUACGGGGCUUAUACACCGAAG